AUGGACCUCUUAGUUACAGGAGGCAAACUCUGGGACUCUAAGCAUAAGGCCCAGCAAGUGGUCCCAGCUGAGUCUCCCAGCCUCCCAGAGCCUCUCAUACUCCUGUAGGAAUGAUUGUUGCACAAGCUGGGAGAAAAUGCCUAUCACUUCACCCUGCAGAUGGCUGCUGACCUGCCCUGUUUAGUGAUACUGCAACCAGGUCCUGAAGACUCAGGAAAGAUGACUAAGACAGCUGCUAACUCCAGCUUCUCCCAGAGCUUUGCCCCACUCCUGGCUUCCAACUUCCAGAAACAGGGCCUGGCACUGGAUGGCAAGCUCAAGCAUAAAUAUACCAAUCUGGCCUCCAGCAUGCCUCUUCAACCUGGAAUUGACAGGUAGCUACUGGGGAUCCUGGUGUCCUACAAAGCCAGAAUCAACCCAAAUGUGUCCUGCGGAAGAUGCCACCAGGUAAUGGAAUACGGAGCCUGGAAGCCCCACCCUCCUCUACACCCUCCAUUUUAUGACAGUGCAAAUAGGCCUUCCUUUCCCUUUCUGCAUCCCCUCCCUCCCCCUCUUUUCGGAUUCAGCCUCCCCCCACUUCUUUUUUUUCCAUUUUCCUUCCGCUCCCCUCGCCCUUCUUCAGUUUUGAUCCCUUCCUUUCUUCUCAUCCUCUGUUCUUAUUUCGCUUCUAGUGCUGCUGGGGGUCUUUUGUGUUGGGAGAUUUGGGAGGCAACGAAAGGAAACAAGCUACUGUGGCGCAUGGCUGGGGGGUUACCUAGAAGGGGGCAAGAAUCUGGGCUGGGAAGCAGGAAGCGGAUCACUUCUCUAGGAUCAGAAAAAGGGAGUGAACGGUGGAGGAAGACGCCCAGAAAAGAGUUCCAAACCCUCCAUUCCCCUCCGCUGCUUUUGCAGGCUUCUGAGGGCAUAGUCAUCCAGGAGUCUAUGAGGCAGGAGCACGGAGGGGAGGAGAGCCAGGAGGCUUUGACAGCGAGGGGGACGAGCGGAACUGAGUGCCUUGCUCUGGUGCCCCUCUGCGUGGGAGCCGGUGCUGUAACACUCUAAUAAAUCUGCUUGGAUUCCAGAUGUGCCUGGA